ACUACGUGAUGCGUCCCAUACACAAACACACACAACAGGAGGCUUUAACCGGCGGCGUAUCAUGUGCAUUUAAAAGGGGGAAUGCUUCCAUUCAAAGGUUUGGUAAAGUUUGGCGAGUGAUGCGUGAUUGUGACAUCUCUAAUGACCAUACAUCUUGACGUCAUGUAGAAGUGGAACUAUCUGACAAGAUUUCCUGGAAUCUGAUUUUGGCCUGAAAAUGUCCUCUGAUUAUUGCUCUUAAUUUCCUCAACGGCAAAAUAAAAAGAAAGACAACAUAUUGGAUGCCUUUUCAGGAGCUGUUAGCUCCGUGUUUAUUUUUUGCUUUUGGAGCUAUCUGGAAGCCAGUGACCCUACCGCUUAGGGUGGGUCAGGAGCCGAAAUGGGUGUGCUUGUUAUAGCAGUCUAAUUCCUGUUAAGUCUUUCCAUCUGUGCAGGAAGCAUCAGUGUCUCUUGAAGGAGCUAACUCUUGGGUCCGUAUACUGGAAGAUACUCUGUCACCGAUGUAGCACAUCGACUCCCAGAGUGGGAAGCACCCUGUGGUUGUGUGUCUGGAUUGGUAGCGUUGUGAGGCUUUGAGGGUUAAGGUCUGAGUCUGUAUCUGAGAAGGAAGAAAGAGAUCAUGUCUUGGUUUUGAACACCUGGGUUGUAUUACCGAGUUGAUUGACACGUUAGGAGAGCCCCUACUAGCAAAGGAUUCAUGCUGAUACACGGAGGGUGUCGAAAUAAACAAAUACAUGCUUAUCAAGGCGGUGUAUAAGCAAUAGGAGGCAAAGACCAAUAGCAAGCCAGCUGUCAGCACCCCAGUAAAGAAGCCAGAGAGACACAAGAUUCGCCAUGGCGACAGUGGUGUUUACUCAAUGGAAAUGGACGAUGAUGUCCCUAUAGGAGACGAGAAACAAAAAGAAGUUAGCAAAAUGAAAGAAAAGAAAGCUGCUCCUAAGGUGAAUACCUCACCGGCAUCUUUCCUCUCCCAGGUAAGGGAUGUGAUGAUCAAAGAAGGGAAUGAAGUAAGGUUUGCUUGUCACAUCUCAGGAGAACCAAAACCACAGGUAAAAUGGUUCCACAAUAGCAAGAGAAUUCACUCAACACACGACCCAAGGAUAGUAGAAGAUGGCUUUACAACAACCCUCACUAUAUUCUCAGCUCAGCUUACUGACCUAGGAGAAUACUCCUGUGAGAUCUACAAUGGAAUCGGUGAGAAGCAAACCAGUUCGGCAAAACUUACCGUACAACCGGACAGGACGAAGAAGUCGUCGGGUCGGCCUCCAGAAUUUCUUGAUUUCUUCAAGGACAUGUCAGUCUGUGAAGGCCAGGAUGUGAACUUGACGUGUAAGGUCCGAGGUAAUCCCAUCCCAAAGGUCAUUUGGCUCUACAAUCACCGCCCUAUCCACGAAAGUGGUGACUUCAAAUUCUACCAUGAGAAUUUCAGUCACCGACUCCAUAUUGUGGAGGUGCUUCCAGAGGACGAGGGCGUGUACACUUGCAAAGCCAUCAAUUCCUUUGGGGAAAAACAGAUCAGUGCUGAACUCUUUGUCGAAGAGCAGACCCAAGGGGUAGACAGCAACAAAGGGCCACAUACUUCUGCGCGCCCGUCGUUUCUUAUACACGUGGAAGAUGCGAAAUGCUGGGAGGGGAAUGGCGCCACCUUUGACUGCAAGGUGACAGGUUUACCAGAGCCUGAGAUUCAGUGGUACCAUGAUGGAAAGGAGAUAGAAGCCUCCAACCAAGGUCAUUAUAUCAUUGACAGAGGCAACAAUGGAAACUGCAUGUUGGUCAUACCACAUGCGACAGUAGCCGAUGCUGGAGAGUAUGCUUGCGUUGCUAAGAGCAACCUUGGAACGGCUCACAGCAUUGCUGAACUAGUCGUCAUUGAAGGCAACGAAGCUCGGACUUCAGUGCACAGAGGGAAUAAAGGAAAGGAAGGAAAAUACAUAGAACAGUUUGGAAUAUCACCAACUCAUGGUGGAUGGAUUGGUAGUAAGCCUCGGAUCUCUGACAUCCAUCAGACCGGUAUCACCUUAACCUGGGGUGCUGCACCUGUUAAGAAGUCCCGCACUCAACUCAACUACAUCCUUGAAGCCAAGGACACCUACAGCAAGCAGUGGACUCUCAUUGCUACCGAUAUCCUUGAUACCAAGUUCUGUGUGGAGGAGUUGGACCCGCAAGGCGCCUACAUGUUUCGGGUGCGUGCGGAGAGCGAGAGUGGGAUCAGUGAACCGGGAGAGGAGUCCGAUCUCAUCAAGCUCAAGGAUGCAGGUAACCAGCCGCUCUUUGUGAAGACCACCGAGGAAGUCUUUGCGGUGAAGGAUGGCAAAGCCACUCUCUCCUGCACCCUCUCCGGCGAGCCCAAACCCAAGGUAGUCUGGAUGAGGGAAGAGGAGAUCCUCAAGAACUCGGACAACCUCAAGGUCACGUCCCAACCCAAUGGUGUGUGCUCUUUGGAGAUCGUAAAGGUCAGCAGUAAUGAGAUAGGGGAGUACAGGUGUAUAGCUACCAACGACCAUGGCGAGUCAAGCUGUAGGCUCUACUUGGAUGUGGCAGAGGCCCCUCAUUUUGUGGAGACCUACAAAGAUACGGAAGCCACCAUUGGUCAGUCCCUUCGAUUGGAAUGCAGUAUAGACGGUAUCCCAGAGCCAGAAGUCAUAUGGUCUAAGGACGGCAAGGUCAUAGAAGAUUUUGAGAGAUACCAGUUCUACUAUGAAGGAGAGGAAGGAUUUGCUUUGGAGAUCAACAACUUUGACAAGGAUGACUGCGGGGUGUACACCCUGGAAGCUUCUAAUGUAGCCGGCAGUGUCUCUCAUUCAGCAGAAAUCUAUGUGACAAGUGGACCAGAUGGAUACAGGAGAGUCUUCAUCAAGAAAGACAUCCUUGUUGAAGAUGAAUAUGAACUCCUAGCUGAACUGGGAAGAGGAGCUUACGGUGUGGUCCAUAAAGGUAUCUCCAAGGCUGAUGGCAGCGAGUGUGCCAUCAAGACAAUCCGUGUCAAGGCUGGUAUGUGGGAGGAAGUACGGAAUGAGAUAGCUGUCAUGGGUAUCUUGGAUCAUAAGAGACUCAUCAAACUCUUUGAUGCCUAUGAGACUAAGAGAGAGGUUGUCAUGGCGAUGGAAAUAGUAACAGGAGGAGAGUUGUUUGAACGCAUCGUCCAGAGGGAUUCCUUUUCGGAGAGUGAAGCUGUAGGUUUCCUGAAGCAGCUGAUAGAUGGCCUCAUCUACAUGCAUGAUAGGAAUAUCGUCCAUUUAGAUCUUAAACCGGAGAACAUUCUCCUAGUGGCACCAGACUCUGAUGACAUCAAACUAAUUGAUUUUGGUUUAGCAGCUGUGUUGAAGGAAGGGGAAGAGGUUAGAUGCAAGUUCGGUACCCCAGAGUUUGUGGCUCCAGAAGUCGUCAAUAAGAAUCCGGUAUCCACGGCAGCAGAUGUGUGGGGUGUGGGUGUCAUUGCAUAUAUUCUUCUGAGUGGUAUAUCUCCGUUUGCUGGUGAAGAUGACCGUCAGACCCUUCUGAAUGUCCGAGGUGGUCAGUGGGACUUUGAUGAUGAGGUCUGGGAUGACAUCUCGGAUGAAGCUCAGGAUUUCAUAUGGCUCUUGUUUGAAAUGAAUGCAGAGAAGAGGCCUGGAUUAAAAGAAGUAUCAGAGCAUCCAUGGUUGAAGUUUGAUGAGCGUCAGGACCUAGGUGCUAAGAUUAGCUUGGACAGACUGAGGACUUUCAAUUCCAGGAGGAAGUGGAGGAAAGCCUUGACAGCAGUGAAAUCGGCAAUGAGAUUGCGUCGCCUUUCAAGUCUUGGUAGUAACCUGAAGAAAGCAGCCAUAGAACACACCUCUGGCCAGCAAUCAUCAACGUCCUCUUCACCUGCCACCCCGGAUUCCGCAUCAUCCACUGGCAGCGACGUCUUCAGCGAGGACAACACUACCAAGUACGGCAACCUGUUAUCCCCGACGAGCUGCGAGACCAUCGUGGAGAGCAUAAACGAGGAAGGAGCCGUCGGCGGGGAAGGGAGCGAGACAGUUAUGGAUCAAACUCCCGUGUUCGAGCUCGAGUUGAAAGACCUGAUCGUCAUGGAAAUGAGUCAGCUGAAGUUGACGUGUACGGUGAACGCCCAUCCCAAACCCACGAUGACAUGGUAUCACGGAGAGAACAAGCUCACCAAAGCUUCUGGAGGCAGUCGAGGUAUCCAGAUCGGCAUUGAGAAGGGCAAGGCUUAUCUCACCAUACCGAAGAUAGGCAAGAUAGAUGCAGGGCAGUACAAGUGUGUUGCCACAAACAAAGCAGGAACUGCCGAGUCCGUUGCUAAUCUUACAGUGGCUGCUGUACCCGAGGCUCCAUCUCGUCCUAAGAUCCCAUUGGUGUCGGCCCACGAAGCAUUCGUCUCCUGGAAGAUGAACCAUCCCCCCAAGAAGGAUGAUCUAGAAGGUUAUCUACUACAAUGUAGAAAAGCAGGUGAUAAACAGUGGCUUGUUGUAUCCAAUGUAAUCAAAGAUUGCAACUUUCACGUGAAAUCUCUGAGCCCCGAGAAUGAGUAUCGUUUCCGAGUGGCCUGCGGCACCCCUCAUGGAUGCGGUCCUUUCAGCAAGUCUUCUGUGCAAUUUAAAACACUCCCCGAAGGAGCUGAUGCCUUGAACAUGGAAUCCAUCACAAAGUUACAGCACUCGAGAACGAGAUCGUUGUCGAGAGAGAGGCAUAACUCCCGUGACGAAGUCCUAUCCGAGCUCAUUGAUGAUGAGGAUCUUGGUCCUUUGGACUUGUCUCUCAAAUCAUCCGUGAUGCCUCAGAAGAUUUAUGAGAUGCAGGAGGAAAUUGGAAGAGGAAGAUAUUCGGUGGUGAUGAGGUGCCGGAAGGUAGCAACGUGCAAAGAAUAUGCUGUCAAGAUCCUAGCACACAACAAGAAGACGCAAGAUAAAUGUCUGGCAGAGUACGAGCUUCUGAGGGAACUAUCCCACCCCCACAUCCUACAGCUCCGAGAAGCCUUCCUGACGAACAGGCACGUCAUGUUGGUCACUGAGCGCUACUACGGAGGAACAGUGCUGAAGUAUCUGACCAAGGAAGAUACAUACACCGAGUCUACAGUGGUCAGAAUAGUUGCCCAGGUUUUAGAUGCCCUUGAACACCUUCAUAUGAUGAACGUGGUCUAUCUCGACCUCCGACACGACAACCUCCUCAUGGAAAGUCGAAGAAAGGACGUCGUUCGGCUAAUCGACUUCGGGUCUUGUCGGGUCAUCCAAAAAGAUGGCGGAAACAAGAUGAAAGGCAUUGAUGUUCUACCCGAAUUCAUGGCUCCUGAGCUAGCUGCCAAGGGAGGGUCGAUAGACUAUGAAACAGACAUAUGGCCGUUAGGAGUUAUGGUGUUUACAUGGCUGAGUGGUACCUCCCCGUUCUUGGGUCGUAAUCAAGAGAAGACAAUCUACAACAUCACAAGGAUGAAAUACAAUAUAAGCAGUCUCUUCCCGAACGUGAGUCCCGAGGCCAAGGCAUUCCUUCAAGCCAUCUUCAAGGAAAAGCCAAUUGACCGGCCAACCGUAGCUGACUGUCUGGAACACAACUGGGUGAAGAGCAUUAACAAGCCAGGAUCAGCCCAGUCUAGGUCUUUCCCAGUCACUAAGCUCGCCAACUACAGGACUCAAUUCCUGGCUCGAAUGCUACAGAACACCACAUUGGACAACGUCUCAUUGAGAACGUAUGGCAGUGAAGAGUCCGACGACUCAUAAUGGUACCUCUGACUAAUACCAUAAACAUUCACUUGAUUUAUGUAAUAUAAGAUUUUAAUUCUUAGGAUUUAUCAACCAUGAUGAGUACUCAUUUUGUGUGAAUAUAUAUUUUAUCGGUGUUUGAGAAGUUGAGAUGACAUUUUAAAGGAAUAAAAAGUACUCUUAAACGUUGUGCCGUGUUUUGACGAGGUUCGUGUAUCUCAAUAAAGUGCAAUGUGACUGGUUUGUGGUUGCACGCAUAGACUUUCAGAAACCUCAUCCAUGGAGGUAUAUAACUCGAGAAUUAUAGCAUCAUUAAACUGAAUUCAGUUCGUUGCUCUUAGUUUGGGUUAUGGAUAUUGUUUUCCUUCAUUCUAACGACAAUUUGAUAUUAGGAUAAGGUAGUACUUUUCGGCGAAGAAAAUAAUAUGAAGGUAUGUUGUAUAGAUUCAUGUUAGGCAAAGGAAAGAUGGGCUCGUAGAUAAGGAAUGAGAAUAUUGUGAAUUAAGAUUAACUUUGAAGCUUUCUUCAAUUUACAUGGUAUAAUGAAAAGGAAUUUUAACCAAAUGUCGCCAAAGAGCAGAAUACAAUAAGUCAGUGUCGUUGUAUGACGCAUUUCAUAAUUCACUUCAUUUCCUUCACUUCAUUUUGAAAAAGAGCGAUAUUUUAAUUAACAAUGUAGGUCUACGCAAAUUACUAAAAUACAAAGUGAAACAGGACAGUGAAUGAUAAAUUGCAAUAAUGAGGUGAACUUUGAACAUAUUUUUUUUUAAUUGUGCUUUUCAAGAGAGAGGUGAGGUCUAAAUGAACCAAACGGAAUCAAAGUGGUUUUAAAAAUUGAUGAUAUGAAACUGGUCUGCGAAUAUAACCUUACCUCUAUCACAUUCU